AUGGUGAAGAUUAGAGAACCUGGUGAAAAUAGAUCUCAAACCAAAUAUAGAAGGACAGUUGAUAUUGCAUCAUCUCCUGAACCAACUACUAUUGCUGCUGGAUCUGGUGCUAUAAAUGGCUCACCUGCUGCUGGAUCUGGUGCACCUACUAUUAGAGCUGUUACAAGUGGGAGAGAUAUAGAUAAGAGUUGGAUCUCGAAGCCUCGAGGUAGUAGCGAAUAUAGGGCAGGCUUGAACAAAUUUUUGGACUUCGCAUUUGCGAAUGCAUCAUCCGAUGGGAUGAUACAUUGUCCAUGUGCUUCGUGUGGGUUUCGGCUUUUCCAAUCUAGAGAGGAUACCUACGAUCAUCUGCUAUUAAGACCGUUUCCUGCUAAGUAUACCUUUUGGUUACAUCACGGCGAGAGACGCGUAGGAGAGAGAUCUACUGAGACACAAGAAGCUGACCCGGAUAGCGUCUGCCGAGAUCCAAUGCGCGACAUGCUUCAUGAGGCAUUCAACCUGCCAGGUUUCAUUCCCAAUGAAGAAGAAUCAGGCAACAUGGAUUCUGGGAGGGACGCCGAAGAGUUGCCGUAUCUGUACAGUGAACCUAGUCAAGCGGCCCGUAAUUUUGAUGAGAUGCUUCAGGAUGGAGAGCAGGAAUUGUAUCCGGGAUGCGCAAAAUUCUCAAAGCUGGCAUUCUUGGUGAGGCUAUACCAUAUAAAGUGCCUGUGCGGAGUGAGCGACAAGGCUUUCGGAAUGAUACUAGAGCUACUAGGUGAGGCCUUUGAGCAUGCAAAGAUUCCGGCCUCACUCCACGAUGCGAAGAAGACCAUACGAAAGCUUGGCAUUGCGUACAAGAAGAUAGAUGCAUGUCCGAAUGACUGCAUGCUAUAUCAAGGCAGCAACCAAGAACUAUCUAGGUGCAAGGAAUGUGGGACGUCGAGGUGGAAGCAAAAGACUAGGAGGAAUUCCAUUGUCCGGAUCAAUGUAGUUGUUAAGAAGAAUGGGAAGCCGCAGGCGGCGAAGGUUCUUCGUUACUUUCCCCUUAUUCCACGACUGCAGCGGAUGUUCAUGUCUAGUAAGACAUCGACUGACAUGUUGUGGCAUAAGAAAGGUUCUAACUCAGAUGGUUUUUUGAGGCAUCCAAGGGACGGAGAGGCAUGGAAGGCAUUUGAUAGAAGAUAUACGGACUUCAGUGGCGAUCCGCGCAAUGUUCGCUUAGCCUUGGCUAGCGAUGGCUUCAACCCCUUCGGAAAUCUCAGCUCAAGGUACUCGAUCUGGCCCGUGAUUCUCAUCCCCUAUAACCUACCCCCAUGGAUUUGUAUGAAACCCAGCUCUUUCUUGCUGUCUAUGAUUAUUCCCGGUCCCAAAAUGCCUGGUAAUGACAUAGAUAUCUACCUACAUCCCUUGAUAGAUGAGUUGAAGCAGUUGUGGGGUGGUGUUGAUACGUACGACGCUAGCGAGAAAAAAACAUUCAAGAUGCAUGCUGCGUUGAUGUGGACAAUCAGUGAUUUUCCAGGGUUGGGCAACUUAUCUGGGUGGAAUAUGUACGGUGGGAGAGCUUGUCCUACGUGCAACUUAGAUGCUGAGCCUAAACGACUCACCUUCAGUCAGAAAUGGUGUUUCAUGGGUCAUCGGCGCUUUCUGAGUCAAGGUCACAGAUUUCGGCAGGACCGGGUCAGAUUUGAUGGCAAUGUAGAGGUCAGACGUCCCCCUGUAACAUGUUCGGGUGGAGAUAUUUUGAGACAGUUGGAUAAUGUGCAUGUCAAGCAUGGCAAGAGGCAAACGGUUACCGGUAGAAGAGCACGCGGACAACAGGUUGCAUUACAAGAUGAAUCUCCUUGGAAAAAGAGGAGUAUAUUCUUUGAACUACCAUAUUGGGAAUAUAAUUUAUUGCGUCACAAUAUGGACGUGAUGCACAUAGAGAAAAAUGUGUGCGACAACAUACUGAACACGAUACUGAACGACAGUGGUAAAUCCAAGGACAACCUCAAAGCUCGAAAAGACCUCCAACUGAUGGGAAUUAGGCAUGAACUCUGGCCUCGAGAAGAUGGAAAGUAUCCCACUGCAAUAUUCUCCAUGUCGAAUUCACAGAAAGACGUCUUUCUUAGGAAUUUAAAGAACGUGGUCUUCCCAGAUGGUCAUUCGAGCAACAUAUCUCGCUGUGUUGACCUACAGCAGCGAAAACUAUCCGGCUUGAAAAGUCACGACAACCACACUCUCAUGGAACAUCUUCUCCCAAUUGCAUCAAGGAAUGUAUUGGAAGCCCCAGUGGCAGUCGUCCUGGCUGAUUUCUCAACUUUCUUUCGACGACUAUGCAGUAAAUCUAUAGACCCUCAACAACUUCCUCUCCUACAGGAACAUGUUGUCAUCACUCUUUGUCAACUGGAGAUAAUUUUUCCACCAUCUUUCUUCACAGUCAUGGUACACCUAACCGUGCAUUUGGUCGAAGAGGUACGCCUAGGGGGCCCGGUGCAUUAUAGGUGGAUGUAUCCAAUUGAAAGGUACCUAUGUCGUCUCAAGCAGUACGUGCGUAAUAGGGCAGCACCGGAAGGAUCGAUUGCCGAGGGCUACUUAUCUGAUGAGAUUCUCACUUUCUGUUCACGAUACCUGGAUAAUGUUGAGAGCAAGAUCAAUCGACCAGUACGUGUUGAUGAUCGACCGAGCGAAGAUGUGACUGUUACCGUUACAAGCAUGUUCCCAUCGAUUGGCAAAGCGGUAGGUGCUUCAGCAACGAUUUUAGGGCUAGCAGAAAAAGACAGUUACGAAGUAUUGGAAAAAGAAAUGAAGCCUACAUUGACAAGAUUGUCCACAGAGAAUUCGCCGAGUGGUUCAAGCAUGAGAUACCAUUGGGAAGUACUAUGCACCCGAGAGAAAUGUAGUGGCUCGCAUGUGGCCCCAAUAUUCAGGCAAGGCGCUUUACGGCGUACAAUGUCAAUGGAUUCAAGUUUAGAACCCUAUCAAGAGAGGCAGGAAUGA